UUCUAUAUCGAAUCUCACCGCAUCGCUACAGAAGCUCAAUUCAUCAUUGAUUCCCUCCCCAAUGCUGAAAUUGCAACAGUCGAACAGAUUGUUCAACAGCUCGAUGCCAUCCGGGACAUACUCCUGCACAUAGAUGACAAUCUUGCAGAACCAGACGAGUUAGAGGAUGUGCGCAAAGAUUGUCUCGAGUUCUGGCGACAGCUCUUCAUGGACCUCGAGGACGAAGGACUCCUAGAUAUGGAGAACGAGGUACAUCGUGUAUGCCUGUUCCUGGUGUUCGAGAAACGUAUCCAGGCAUCCCUCGAUAGAGCCCGUGAGGCUUGGAACCACCACAAGCUACGUACGGAACGCAAUAGGCCGCCGAUAGCUCUAUAUGAGCUCAGCCGCGAGCAGGCUAUUCUUCAAGGGUACUGGACAGGGGAUCCUGGAGAUCCGGUUGAAGACGUACGCUUUGACCCUGGAUAUGGCAUUGAUGGCGAUGCACCUGUUCCUCCUGCCGAUGAGCGGCAUACUGAUCCCACCAUGCCAUCUGAGGAGCCUGUUGACCUUGAUGAGGAGUCGGAGAGGGCGGCGGGUAUCGCGCUGAAUACUAAUGAGGAGCUAGAGAGAGCUCGGGAGGUUUUGUUUGAUUUCAACUUUGAGCAGGAGGAUGAGGACUGGGGAAAGAACGUCUAUAUGGCUGCUAUU